AAUUACUUAAUUUGUAUUGUACCUGUACAAAAUACAGUAUAUGUGUAACAAUGAUAUCACAAAUUGAUAAUAGUCUGGCAUUCAUUCAUAAUACACUUACCGGUACUGAAAAUGUGCUGUUAUUAUAAAUAGUGGCUUUAAGUUAUUGUUAUUAAAAAUACACGAAACAGACAGUAUUGUGUCGGACAAUGAGUUCCACUGGUAAGACCGAUGGCAACGCUACUCAAGAGUUGCACUCUGAAGAAAUAGACCCACAAUUAUUUGCGCAAAUAAUUGGUGGAAAAGAAAUUGGCCAUGGUAGAUUUGGUAAAGUGUUUAGUGUUAAUAUGGAUGAAAAUGGUAAAACUAUUACAUACGCCAUCAAAAUAAUUACAAAGACCGUUGAGAAAGAAAGUGACAAGGAUGCUAAAGAAAGGAAAGUCAUAUUUGAAAAAGAGUAUCGGAGCUUAGGAUUUAUGCGCAAACUGGCCCAUCAGCACGUGGUGCCCAUCUUUAAAACAUGGCAUACAAAUGACAAAAAUGCUGUUGGCAUCCAGAUGCAAUUUUGCGCCUGUGAUCUACGGGAGUUAAUAAAUACAAAAAACAGCAUGUUCGGGCGGCCAACUAACAGCCAUCAGAAAAACGACUACCCCUACUCGGAGCCAAAUGACCUGGAGUAUUAUAUUGGCGUACGUUGGCUGCAUGAAAUUACCCUGGGGCUACAGUAUUUACAUUCAGAGUCUGUAUCUGUGAUUCACCGUGAUGUAAAACCCGAGAAUAUUGUGAUGGGCACAAUUGUUGGCAACAAUGGCCAACAACGGUGGGUAUUGAAGCUAACUGAUUUUGGUUUGGCCAAAUUGCACCAUGCCUCACAGAGCAAUACGAGAGAUGUGGGCACAGUUCACUAUAUGGCGCCUGAUAUAUCCAUGACC